AUUCUCUCUCUCCAGAGCACCCAAUCACUCCCAUGACCCUUUCCCCUCUAAUCUUACCCUCCAAACCCUGACCACCCAUCAAAGACUUCUCUUCAAAUCUCUCCCACAAGGUGAGUACUCACUAGUUCUCUUGUCUUGUACAUAAAUAUUUCCUUUUCUUGAAUUGGGUUCUCUUGAAUAUAUAUGUUAGUUUGUUAUGUAUGCGAUCGGUUGUUAUUGAAUUAGAGACAGUAGUCGUAGGAUUGAUGAUGCUUCCUCCAAGAAGGAAGAAGUGGACAGAGGCUGAAGAAAGAACCCUAAUAGACAAGUAUGGUGCAAUGAUUUGUGAUGGAACUUUAUCUAAAAUGAGAACUAGAGAGAAAAAGUAUAAGCCAAUUGCCUUAUAUGUUAAUUCUAUGCAUCAUGUUCGCGACCCAAUUUCGUAUCCAUGGCAAUGGACUUGGAAGGAUGUAUCAACUAAAGUACAGAACAUGAGGCAUCAGUAUGCAUUGGUGAAGCAGAAGAUUAAAAAACCCGAAUCAGUGGGUGAUUCAGGGGGGGAGGAGUUCGAUUGGAUGGAGGGGCUUACGCAUUGGUCAAACUUUCUUAGGUAUAAGGAGGUGUUUGGGGAUGUGGCACUUGCAUUUAGUGGUAAUGAUUCGAUAGCUGUUGGUGGUAAUGAUGAAAAUGGUGGCGGGUUUGAUGGAAGCAGUCAUGGCAUAGAGAUUGUGCAAUUUGGGCAUCUGGGUCAAGUUGGGGAGGGUGAUUUUGCCAAUGGGAUUGAUGGAGUAGAUAAUGGGAUUGUGGGUUUAGAGUUUGACUAUGAUGGGGAGGAAGGAGAGGAGGAUUACAAUGCUGGUAAUAAGAAUAGUAAUCUCAUGAAGGAUGAUGGAGAUGAUGGAUUUGUUUAUGAAGACAUUGAGCCAACUGGGUCUAAUGCAAAGAAGAAGAGGAAAGUGUUGAAGGGAUUGGGGAAAAGGGCUUGGGGUUUUCUUGCAAAUCAGUUGAGGCACUUGAGGGAAAUGGAAACUCGGUUUGAGCAGCGUGAGGCAGAGAGAGAGCGAGAGAGGCAGAGGAGAGACGAAUUUCGGAUGGAAAUGGAGCAGGAACGUGAACGGAAAUUGGAAGAGAGGGAAAAAGAGAGGGAAGAGAGGGAGAAAGAUAGGGAGAAAUUGAGGAGGCAGUGGAUUCUAGAAUUGGAAGCUAUGGAGGAGGAGGCCGAAGAGAGAGAACGAAGCAAAAGAGAGAAAACGUUGAUUUCUGAGAGGGAAUGGGAUGAGAGGAUGAACCGGAGGAGAUCAGAGUGGAAGAAGAGAAUUGACGAGAUGUUGAGUCAGCACCGAACAGAAAUGAGCCAGUUGCAGACUCGGAUUCUUCACGAACAACAGAACCUUACUAAUCAGUUGGUUGGAAUUGUUUCCCAGUGGACUGGUCAUCCAACUGGGAUUUCUGAUCACACUGGAGCGAGCAGUCAUUAUAUUUCACAGAUGAUUCAGAACUUGCACCAUGUGAACGAUAUUGUUCAUGAUGAUUCCAGAGUUGUCGGGGAUCAUCAAGAAGAUCAAUUCAUUGUCGAUGGAUGAUAUUGGUUCCGCUCUACUAAUUUCUUUAGAGGGAGAAAUUUAAAGGGGCAUGCAAAAUCACAUGAUUCGGAAGAAGUGUAAAGGUUAGAGAUGUUUUUUCGUUCUUUAUUUGUGGUCUUAUUUUUUACUGGUUGGUUAUUGUCAGUUUUAGUUCAAUAAGAG